UAGUGACGUCAGGGUAAAAUCAGUCCAUCACACCGCAAAAUGAGCCGUCUGCCCCAAAUCCGGCGCUGGCUUCCCCCUGCCCUCCGCCGCCCCCCCGCCUCGGCCCUCGGCGGUCAUCUCGUCGGGGAUGCCGCGGAGAGAGACAGCGCGGGCGCGGAGGAGACGGGUGACAGGAGGAAGCGGCGUCGUGGGGAGAACUGGAGAAGCCCAAGCCCGCUGGGCGUUGCUCAGGUCCUGGAGAGUGCAGGGCAGAGAGGGCACCAGCUCUCCUGGGACGCAAGCCGUUCGUGCCACUGGACGGCUCGCCGCCGACGAAAUCCAGCCGCGCAGGGAAUCUCCCGAAAGAACCUGAAAUGUCAGUGUCGCUCUGGACUGGGGCUCAGUUCGCAUCAGCAUUUUGCACCUCGUGGAAGUUGAUAAGCAUCCGAGUCUUAGACACCUUUUAUUUUCUUCUCUCCAUAUAAUGGUCAGCAAGUAUCAUGUUUGCAAGAGUUUCACACCUCAACUCUGAAGAAGGAAUCUGACGGAGGUAUGUUUCACCGUUUAACCUUGGUGCCUUUAAUUCCUUUGCAAGAUCAUCAUUUUUUUUGAACGAACGGGCACGAGAUUGUGCCUAUUUCAUUGACAGAGAAGAAGAGUACAAACCGGAGGACCGGUAACAAAUAAUUACAGUUGUGGUAAUAUAGACGCUAAGUUCUUUGCUCCUGCUAUUGCCCAAAAGGCUGCUUCCGCCUUAAUUUUCUCUAGUAACCUAGUUGGUGGUGUUUCCUUUUGAUUGAAAACUCUAUUGUUUCGCUCCUUCCAGACCUCCCAACUAAUUAGCAUGGUGAGCCUCCGUACGGCCUUCUUUGGCACCGCCGUCGUAGUACUGAUGUUUAGCCACCAAGAGAGCGCACUGUCACUCAGUCUCCACCUGUUUGGGUUGAGCUCUGAAUAGCCGAUCCACUCUGCAGCAAGCUGCCAGAUCCUUCUAGUGUAUCUGCAUUCGGAGAGCAAAUGGUGUACCGAUUCUAUUACUCUUCUGCAGAGAUCAUCAUUUCUGUUUCCAAGUUUCUUCAUCUUCUGCGCCACAGUAAAUAUAAUCCUUUUCUAUACUGAAGUGCCGGGGAAUCUCUUCUGUAAUACUUUGCUGUACUUAAUUUUCUAGUCAUGACAGCUUCUGCAGAUUCCCUGUCAUCUACUCCUACUGAACUGUCAUUCCAUGAAGUUCCUUUCAAAGUAGAUAUGAUUGCCUUUGCCUCUGGAUUUGGUGGAUACCUUGAUUGGAAAAGAUGCUUCAUCAUGCACCGGGUGCAUUCAUCCAUCACUUCUGUUUACUGUUCAUGCAGUGACGAAUGCUUGCUGGUCACUGGUGUGUCUAUACGUACCGAUAGCUUUGAGGUUUCUUCUCCAGUCUCCACAUCACCGUUUUCUGGUUGAGUUCUUCACUAAGGUAAGCCCAUAUCUCCUUUCUUUUGAGUAGCAUACUAGCAUAGCAAGAAAGUAUUAAAGCUAAGAUCUGCACCUCGGCUGUUUGCACGGUAGUCUUGGUUGACUUAUAGUUUACUUAGGAUGCUGUAUUGCAGUUGCAGCAUCCACACUUUUCGUUUUAUUUUUGAAUGAAACAUAAGCAAGUAUGUUUCUCCUGUAGGUUCAAUAAUAGGAUGUAGUACACUGUCACUCUAGUUCAUGCUCAUGAUUUCAGGGGGAGAAAAGGACUGAGCUAACAAGAAACUAAUCUUUAGCAAGGCGAAAUACUUUUUUUUUUGCACAGCAAAACAUUGUCUCCUUUUAUAUUGAAGAACGAAGAUGCAUCUUUGCUCUUAUGUAAAAUGCAUAUUUCAGUUGUCAUGGCUAGAAAUGGUGCUUCCCGAAUGAAGAAACCUUGUGAUUGUUGCAAAAGAUACUUGGACCAUUUAGAUGGAAAGAAUCAAAGUAUGAGCUGCUUCCUUAGGCAUAUGACUGCCAAUUUUAAGCAUAGCAUGGUCAUGCCGAACAGAUUUCUGAAGAAAUUCGCUAUAAAAUUAUCAGGAACCAUCAAGUUAGUGUCCCCUAAUGGUAGUGUAUAUGAUGUUGAAGUUACAAAGCGCUUUAAUAAGGUAGUGCUCCGACAUGGAUGGGGGGAUUUUGUUGAUGCCCAUUACAUAGAAGAGAACAACUUCUUGCUGUUCCGACACGUUGAGAACUCAACUUUUGAGGUUCUGAUCCUCGAUUCUGAUGGCUGUGAGAAAGUGUUUUCUUGUGCUGGCAUUAAAAACACUCGAAGUGUUCAAGAUAAAAUAGUAGAUUCUGUUUAUAUUUCAAGAAGCUCUUUUCAUGACACCACGGAAUCAUCAGCUAGUGAAAGACUUGUUAGAUCCGAGAAGGGUGGCUCCAGUCAUCGUGAAAAACCUGCAAAGAUUGUUGCAACAUCCUCAUCGUCCGAGAGCUCAGGGGAAGACAGUUUAUCUGAAUAUGAAUCUUUUUGGUCGGAUGAUCUUCAGACCAACCCAGGGCCUGAUUAUGUUUUAUCCCGUGGAAGUUAUCUUUCUGGAGCACAAGAGGAGAGAGUAAUGGCACUUCUACAGGAAAUUCAACCUGAAAGUACUGUUUACAUAGCAGUCAUGAGGAAGUGCCAUAUCGUGAAACCGGGUCCUUAUCUGGCAAUUCCUAAGGCAUAUGCAGCACAUUUCCUGCAUGAUAGAACAAAUGUUACACUUCAGAGGCCAGGCAAGAGCAAGAAGUGGCACCCAAGAUUCUACCAAAGGAAAGAUAAACGUAUGUACAUGCUCAGAGGACAGUGGUUAGACUUUGUCCGUGACAAUCAUGUGCAGGUGGAAGAUAUCUGCAUCCUUGUACCAGCGGAGGUUGGGAGAAGAUUCAUGUUUACAGUCUAUCUACUUCGUGCAACAGCAACUCAUUCCAGGGGUGGAACUUCUUUUCAAAGGGUUGGGCCAUUCCAUGGUAGAUCAAGCACAAAGAUGGCUUCAACUGUUCAUACUAAGGAGGAAUCAAGCGAUGAUAAUGUUUCCUCGCAAAGUGACAUGGAUGAAGCUUCUCACAAAUAUCUCAAGAGCAACUCUGGUGGUCCUUCUGAGGCUCCCUACAUUGUAUCAUCCAAGAGCUGUCUAUCUCGAUCCCAAAAGAAGAUUGUUGAAGAGAAAGUGCGAGCCAUUCAAUCUGAAGUCCCCAUUUAUGUGGCAAUCAUGAAGAAGAUGAAUGCUGAUGUCACUUAUCGUUACCACAUUAUGGAAUUAGGAAUAAGAUUUGCGGCACCCCAUCUUCCACACAGAGGGCAAACUGUGCUGCUCCAGUGCAUGAAGAAGGUAUGGGAGACCAAAAUGGUGGUCCGUAGUGGAACGAGAAGGUGGUUCCUAAUGGGAGGUUGGGCCACUUUUGUUCGUGACAAUGGUCUGCGAGUCGGAGAUAUCUGUUUGUUUGAACUCAAGAAGAAAGGGGAACUUACCAUGAAGGUCCAUAUCAUCUCCAGGGAGCAGUUCUAGUAGAAAAUGUUGCACUUCCUGCUAUUUCUUCCGGCACUCUGCGGCGGCUUAGUUUGCUUGUUUUGUAGUCUGGAAUUCAUCCAUGGUUGUGGCUCAACUUCGAAAGGAGUUUAGGAACCAAUAUGUAUGAUCAACUCUCGGAUGGCGAUGCGCUGCCCAUCCUAAGACGCUUAGCAAUUUCAGUGUUAUCUUUCUUUAGUGAU